CAAACACCACCCACAACAACAACAGCAACAACAGCAACAGCAACAGCAACAGUCUGCUGGCUGACCAUCGAAUGGCCUCACCACUACUACUACCAACACUACUACUCACACUACUACUCACCACCACCAACACCAUCAUCAGGGCUGAACCACUACUCCGAGGGUUCUCAUCCUGCCUCAACCAGCACUCAAACAACCUACCCCCAGCCGACCAGCUCAUCAACUUCAGCCAACUAUACACUCAACUCGACCUCAACCCAAACAACAACCAACACCAUCUACUCAGACUCACCCUCAUCGGACAGACUGCAACCCAGAGCACCGGCUAUAGCUCACAGACUAACUUCCUAGCUACUCUGAUCAGUGAAACCUCAAUCCUCAACUUCCAGUCAUUCUCAAACCAAUCUGCACUAUGCUCAUCAAUCAGAACACCAAACAGACCAUCACAAGCAAAUCAAUCAGACUCCGGCUGUCCAUACGGCCCUGGACAAAUCGCACUCGGCGUACAACUGCCCAUCAGCUCACACUCAGACUACCCCUUCAUCACCCUCUCAACCCAACUACAACUCCUAGACACCUCAACCCCCGCACUCACCCUGGCCUGCAUCCAAGUCGACUCCUCCCCCUACUACCCCAACAGCUUCUACUUCAGACUACUCAGAUACAUCCCAAUCGGAAUCCUACUAGGAUAUCUGCUCGUCUCCUGCUCUGCAAGACUUUGGGCUGCCAUCAUCUCCGAGCAACUCAACCGUGAAGCACAGGUGGCUGCAACCCUACAAGACAUCCCCCCCUUCAAGCCCUACUCAUCCUUCCUCGCUCGAUUCUCAUCCGUCUGGUGGCUACUCUGGAGCGGUCAAGGCCUCCUACUCUCAGGCGCACUCCUCAGAUUCUCAACCCCAGGCACCCGUGAUCUGAUCAACCAUCUCCAGUUCAUCUCCCUCCUCGGUCUCUUCUCAGUCCAGUGGCCCGAAUUCAUCUACCCCAUCCUCACCCAAUCAUCUGCCUGGAGUACUCUCAUCUUCAACUCAACCCUCGUCCGCACCAAACUACCCUAUCUGAAUCAUCCCAACCCUCUCAGUACUCCUGCCUAUGAACCCCCUCAGUCCUUCGUCAGCCAGUUCGAUACCAUCGGCAGUCCGCUCUAUCUCAACCGUACUCUGCCCAACCUACUCCUCAACUAUGGCGAUCAACCCCAGGGUAUCCCCCGUUGGGCAACUACCAUCGGCAUCCUCCCACGUGAUCUGUUUGGUGUUGCCAUCUCAGUCUUCGCCAUCAUCUGUGCCCUCAUCGCAGCCUUCAGUGCCCUAGCCUAUCUGGUCGCACUGAUCACCACCCUCAUCUCAUCACGGCUCUUGCUUCGAUCAGUCUCUAUCAAUAAACAAGCUCAACGGGACUCGGGGAUAUCUACGAGUGCGGAUACGGAUGAUGGCCGGACCUCCAGUCCGCCGACGACCACCAGGGUCUUCCACCAUCACAAGAACAGGACGGCCAGCAGCUCCCACCCGGAGAAAGGCUCGCUCUUUGAUUCCCACCUCCUAGGAGGAGCAGGACCCAGCAGUAAUGAUCAGCUCAUCUGGCCACAGGUCUCUCAUCACUUUGCACUCCUCCAGGGCAAUCUACUCCGUCUCUUCAUCCUCUUCUAUCGGCCCCUCGUUGCCUUUUCAGCCUACCAAGUCUCGCUCGUCCAUUCAGGAUCCAUCGUCUCUCUCAUCCUUGCCAUCCUCUUCCUCAUCCUCGCCGCCCUACUCCCCGCAAUUCAACUCUACAGAAUCAAGGGUCGUUCGACCGAAGAACUCAUCGAUUCCGCUCCGAUCGUCCUCUCCCUCGGCCCACUCUAUAAUACCUUUGACGAUAAGAAUCAGAUGUUUAUGGGCGUACGCUUUGCCAGCUCGUUCAUCGUCGGUAUCGCUCUUGGCGCAGCCCAGUCAUAUUCAAUUGUUCAAACGGUCGUCCUACUGGUUGCUGAAUUGACCGAAACCAUGCUCACUUCGCUUUGGCUUCCUUGGGGAGAUGGAGCAGCGAUGGCUCCCUUGACAUUCAUCACUUCAGUCUCUCGGAUCAUUACUGCAGUCAUCCUGGUAGUCAUGACACCGACGGUAGCCGUGGGCCCGAUUGCCUCUGGAUGGCUGGCCUACGUGGUGUUGCUGAUCCUGGGCGGGGUACUGGGGAUCCUAGUGUGUGUGUUGGCGGUGAAGCUGAUGGAACUGAUGCUCAGACUGGUGGCACACAUCCCGUUUGACGAGACACGGAGCACACGAGCGGGAGGUAUACGGGGAGCAUGGAGACGGUGGGAUCGGACCACGAGUCGGUCGACCCGGCACGGACGGGCAGCAGCCAUCGCGGCGCGUCGACACCGUCGGACCCAGCGGAAGCCGACGGCAUCUCCGCGACGGGCGACACGGGCGUCAAUCUUCUCUACGCUGAAUGGCCAGUCGCCAGGCCAUGGAGACAAGCCGACCGAACUGAACGGCCUCCAUGGCCCCACAGCCCACUCCCCCGGCUUUGGGACAAUUAACGACGAGGACGGUAAUAUCAUGUCGGCGAUGUCACAGGGGCCAUGGCUGCGCACGCCCGUCCAGGACACCCUCUAUGGCACAUCCUCCGUCCGCCCCUCUCUGGCCCCUCCCGAGCGGGCCGGUUAUCCCUCCAGCACACCCUCCUCUGGAUUUGCGGUCGUCCGAGGAGGAAGGGCCACCGAAAAGACGCCCUAUCUCAUGCACAAUGACGGCCGAAACUCGUGGCGUGCCGCCCAUCUAACCCACGAUUAUCCCCCCUCUCAUCAUCAUCCUCAUCAUCUUCCUCCCAGUACGCUUCAUAAUCAUCCCUCGCCCGACUUUGCCAUCCAACACUCCCCCUCUGGCUUCUUCCAAUCGAAUAAUACUACCACUAAUCUCUUCGAUCCUCCGGCCCGGUUCCCGCUCUCUAAUCACUCCCAAUCCUGAUGAGUCUUCUGACUACUCGUACUUCUGAUC